AAGAGAUAAAAAAAAAAAUAGAAAACGGCGUAGAAACGGCAAAGCAAAAGAAAGAAAGAAAAAAAAACAGAGGAUCUAGGGUUCCCUGGGAUCUCUCUGCGCUCUCUUCUUCGAUCGCUGAUUAUCGUGGAAUGGGUAAGUAAUUGACAAGGAGAGAUAUCGAUGCAGCUGUAAAUCUAGUUUUCUAGGUCUUUGAACUCGGAAGUGGAGUUUAUACUCUAAUCGAAAAUUAAUUUUAUGGCGAGGGAAAUUGGAAAUUGAAAGAAUCGAAGAAUUUUUGUAAAAAUGCGAGGGUUGAGGAAAUCAAAAAGAGUUUGUUGGGCAUCAGAUGUUAAUCUUUGUCAGGUAAGGUUGUUCCUGUCAGAGGAAUCUCCUUCACUAGUUGGGUCGGGUGCUCAAGAUCACCUCCAAGCAAAGUCGUCAUGGCCAUCUCAUUCAGCUGGAACCGAUGACUUUCAGCCCCCUGGCUUUGAAGGAGGCCAUCCUGCUAGUCAAUUGCAGAUUAAGGUGUCAGAAAUCCCUGUGAUAAAAUGGAGAUGUCCGCCCAGGCUUGUCUUGAACUUGACUUGGCAAGUGGUUUCUGGGGAGGAAAGUAAAGAUAUGGAGUUUCAAAAUCAGAGAGAGAUUAGGGUGCUUGAAGCAGUUUAUCCUCGACCAUCUGCCAUUCCUCCAAACCCUGCUUUUUCUGUGGACCUGGAAAGCUCUCAGCAUAAUGAUCAUCAAAUUCCUUUGAUUCCUAUUACCCCCAUUGAAGAUGAAGAUGCAGCAGAGGAACCAUCUGAUGUAAUGGGACCAUCAAUGGGUCCAAUGAGUUCACAAGCCCAACUAUUAGCUUCCGGAGUUCCAUCUUCUCAAAGCAGCAUUCCCAGCAUUCCAAAUGAGAAACCGACUGCUGGAUUGCUCCCUGGUGUUGAACCUGGUGCAGUGGCUGCUGCAUCUGCUGCCUUUGCUGCUGUCAAAAGCAACGAACAGGGAAGUUUGAUAGACCAUGACCUGCUCAUUAAAAUUCUCAGCAACCCGAAAUUGGUUGAGAAGUUGGUUACUGAUUAUGGAGCUGUGGCCAACGCACAGAAUAUUCCCAAGCCCCCUUUGUCAGAUCCUCAACCUCCUCAUCUAACUUUGCCCAAUCCUGCUCAUAUUCAAAUGAAGAGAGCAGAAUCCAUUACACAAGCAUCAUUAACUGCGACUCCAAGUGGAUCAUUCUACACGCAGCCAAAUGGAACAGGAAUGGGGGUUCUUCCUAGUGCACGGGUUCUUCCACCAGGAGUUCCAUCCUCACCUUCUAUUGGAGCGACACAAACAAAGGACAUGAGCUAUUAUAAGAACUUGAUUCAGCAGCAUGGAGGUGAUAGACAAGAAACACCUCAGCAGUUUGGUGGCCGUUACAAUCACCAAAUAGGUACAAGCCAAGAUUUAGUUAAUUCCAAGUCGAGGGAAUCAAAACACAAGAUCAUGAAGCCUUGUAUUUACUUCAAUACUCCAAGAGGAUGCCGGAAUGGAGCCAAUUGUGCAUACCAACAUGAUUCAUCGUCCCAGAAAAAAGGCAGUAGCAUAGCAGAGGUGCAGAGCGCAAAGAGAAUGAAAAUGGAUAGGGAGAUCAGUAGCUAGUGUAAUGUUUUAUUUAGCUUUCAUUUGAAAAGGGAAGAAAAAGCUUAAGCUUAUUACCGCUCUACUUUUUAUACUUUUUUUUAUUUCAUUUUUGGGUUUAUCUUGCAGCAAAGAGUUCCUCUCUAGCGUGGAACAUUAAGAUUAAAUCUAUGGGCUGAAACCAUUGAGAAGUUGAUGCGGGUUCUCUUGUAUCUAUCAUGAGUAUACAUUGAAGUUGGUGGGGAGUUGAUAUGUUUGA